UAUUUUUUUGGCACGGAAUCCUAAGGAAAAAUAGGAACUUGGAAACAAGGAUAAAGCAAAAGGUACACUAUUGAGUCCAAAUCAUAUCAGAAGACAUGGUUGCACGCCCAAAUGAAGUUUGAGUCGAUGUUUCGGGUUUGAAUGGAACGAUCGCACCCGCUACGACCGACAAGGAUCAUCUCGAAAUUAAAGUCAUUUGCGACAAUGCAACGGGCGCAAUAAAACCCAUCGUUAUUGCUCUUUGUUUUUAAACAGGACGGGCCGAUGGUACACGCCUGGGAGACGAACAAAUUAACAAAAAAAUAAUGAUCGUUUCAUAAAAGAACGGUUAUAACAGCAGCCCUUGCAACUAAACUCUGUCAACUAGCUAGCUAGCUAUUGCUAUCUCUAGCUUCUGCACUGCAGCGCGGCGAAGGAACAGGAAACUUCGUAAACAGAGGGAAAUUCCCAGGCUUCAACAGAGCGCAAGAGUAGAGCAGAACAGCGGCGAGGGCGUGAGUGCAGGCAGGCAGUCAGCUGGAUCGGUGUCCCAGUGUGUACAGCUCUGCUCUGUGAACAUGUCCUCUGAGAGCUGGAUUCCUUGGACGCUACUGACCAGGGCUAUAUGAAGAUGAAAAGGUGCUGGAAGCCUGUGAGUAGAAAAUGACGGGAGGUAGUGAGUGUGCUGCUGGAGACAAAGAUGGUGUCCCCACACGGACAGCACAGGUGCCCGUGGGUUGGCAGAGAAAAUUGGAGGAUGGGGCGGUGGCCUACAUCAGCCCAAGUGGCACCAUCCUGUCCUCAGUGGAAGAGGUUAGGGCGUACCUGCUGACGGACAGCACGUGUAAGUGUGGGUUGGAGUGCCCACUGGUCAUCCACAAGGUCUUUAACUUUGACCCGGUGGCUGUCGUGAGGUCACAGAGCCAGCAGCCUGGCAAGGCAGAGGAGGACAUGACGAAGCUGUGCAACCACCGCAGGAAAGUGGUCGCCAUGGCAGCGCUGUGUCGCAGUAUGCAGGCCUCCCAGCUUCCUCUCCACGGCCCUGGGAGCUCCUUCUGUUCCAUGGAGAGUAGGGACCAAAGAGGGGGCCCUCUGGGAGUCCGGAUGGAAGACGGAGGCCACUGCACUUAUUCAGCCCAACCUCGACUCUCUGCUCAGUCCAAGUCCAACAGCAGCCCUGGCCCUCGCGGCGCAAACAGCAGCUUCCCCUUAUCCCCUACAAUGACACUCCUCCACAAUGGAUCCUUGUCUCACUCCAACGCUCUCCUCUCCUCGGAAGGCGGCGUCGUCUCAAAGAGGCCGUCGUCUUCCUCCCCCGGUUGCAACUCGGCAGGCUACGGCGUGCCGCCGUGGUACGCCCGUCCCUCCACGCCUCAGACCAUAAUCCAAAGGCUGCCCCAGGCCUCGGGGUCGCCGGGCUCGUCGAAGCCGGGGACCCACCCGGGCGGCGUCCUCUCGCUGGACGUCUCGCUCUGCGCCUCGUCCUCGCCGUCCGCCUCCGCUCUGUCGCUGACCAUGACGGGAAGGCCCGGGCAGAGCCAUCAGCCGCAGCAGCCGCCGCCGGGGAGCGGCGUCAAGUCCCCCUCGCCCAUCUCCCUGUGCCUGUCGCCCUCCAGGACUCUGGACGCUACCUCUCCCCACCAGCGCUCGCGCCACUCCUCCGCCUCCUCCACGCUCUCCGAGCAAGGUGGCGGCGUGGCGAAGCCGCCCUGCCCGGCGCGCUCUCCGCUGCCCCCCAACAACACCGCGCCCUGCCUCUCGCCCAAAGUCCCCCUCCUCCACCCGCCGAGCCCCCGGGGGCGCCUGGAGGGCAUGUUGCAGCACUACAAAGACUGCAGCCCCGGCUCUAUCCCGCCGCCGCCGCAGCACCCGAGCAACCAAAGCAACUUUCAGGUACCCCAAAAUCUGUCCCAUUUCGUCACCGCCGCCGGCGACCGGAAGAACGGUCCGGCGACGAUGGCCGCGGCGGUGGCGGCGGCGGCGCCCGGUCCGGGAUCGGUCCACGGUUCCGCCGGGGCGGCCGGCGGCGGGUUCCUGGGCCUGCCGCUGGGCCAGCUCCUGAGCCAGCAGAAGAACCCGCAGCACGUCUCCUCUUUCCCGGCCAGCAGCCUGCUCUCGGCGGCCGCCAAGGCCCAAAUGGCCAGCCAGAAGAGCCAGGCUCUGGACGGCGCCGGCGUCGGUGGCAUCGCGUCCUCCGCCGGCCCCGAGAAGGACCCCCAGCAAUCCAAGGUAUUGAUAAGCACUUUAAACAGUAGCCUCCCCUCCCCCAGCGCUAGGCCUCUCCCCAUGACCGCCUUCCUGCUUCCCCACUCCCCGUCGCUCCCCGCCCAGACCCUGCCGCUGGCGCUGACCACGGCGGACAAGGUCUCGCGCCGCAAGCGCCAGCGCCGGUCUCCCACGGUGCUCAGCAUGCUCAAGGAGUCGCAGCUGAACAGCCUGAGGGCCGUCGGAGACCCCUGCGCCCUCCCCGCCCCCGGCUCCGUUCCCUCCCCUUCCUCUUCCCCGUCCCCGUCCUCCUCCUCCUCCUCGCCCUCCCCCAACACCCCCCUGCUCCCCCCUCCGUCCUCGGAACACUUCCCCGCGCAGCCGCGCUCCUCCUCCUCCUCCUCCGCCCUCCACAACUGCUCUCUCCCUGGCCUCCCCAAGCAGGCGGACGUGGAGGACCUCCGGCGGCUCGGCCCACUCCAGCCCCUGGCGACGCCGUCGUCCUCCCAGCCGCUGUCCGCCCUCCUCCAGCUCCUCAGCAUGCAGAACGCCCAGGCUUCCGCCAUCGCCGCGCAGUCCUCUUCCUCCUGCUCCUCCUCUUCUUCCCCCCUCGGCCUUGCUCCACCGCUGGCCGCCACCAACAACAACAACAACGUCCGUCUGGCCCACGCGUCGUCACCUGUGGCCGGCCUCGUCGUGUCCCAGCAAUCCCUUGACCACUGCGACGCUGUACAGCACAUGCAGACCGCUCAGCAGCAGCAGCAGCAGCUGACCCAAAGCCUGAUUCCAGCUCUGGAGAGCCCACCUCAGCUGCCCUCUUCACACGCGUUUCCCCUGAUGGCCAUGGCUGAGGAGAUGGACGCUGCCAUGAACACCACCUCCACCACGAUCACCACCACCACCGCCGCCAUGCUCAAGUCAAGCCCCGGCCACGUCCUCAACCUCAGCCAGCACCACGCCACCACUGCCCCAGCAGGUCCUCCGCAGGACCCCAGCGGUCAGAUCCUCAGCCUGCUGGGUCAGCUGUCCGCUGCACCCCCCUGCGGCCCCAAACUGGGAGUGGAACCUCACGGUGAAGUCACCUACUCCAACCAGAGCCAGGCGAUGGACGCAGAAGGUUCUCUGGUGGCUGUUGAGACGGCGGACGCCACUGAGCCCAGGCUGCUGGGGCCGUGCGCCUCUGACCCGGGCUUGGCUCUCCCCUCGGCCGACUCGUCCAGCGCCCUGCAGCUGGCCGAGUCCUUCCCCUUCAUGAACCAGGAGCAGCUCCUCCAGCUGCUCUCGGCCAACUCCGGACUGCCCUCCCUGCUGCCGCCGUUCCUGGGCUCCCUCCCCUUAUGGACGGGGCUCCAGCAGACCACGCAAGCAACGGCCCAGCCACAACAGCCUCCGCAUAAUCACCACCACCACCACCACCACCAUCAACAACAACAACAACAACAACAACAGCAGUCACAACAACUGCAACAAGCAGGCCUGCUCAACCAGACCUCCCAGCUAAACAUCUUACCGUCUCUGUCAGGAGCUCAGGGAGACUUUCCAGUCAAUCUCAUUAGCCUGCUUAACCCCCCACCGCCGCCUACCGCUGCUGGUGUCCCCGCCCAGGGCUCACCGGGCGACAGCGGGGACAAGCCCAGCCUCCAGGCCCUGCUCAUGGCCUCUCUGCUGCUCAGCCAGCAGCAGGCGGCCACCAUGCUGCCCCUGGCCGGCCUCGGACAACUCAACCUGGACAUGCAGUCGCAGCAGCACCACCAGGCCGGGGCGCCGUUCCCCCCGCUGCCGGACGGCCUGUCGCUCGAUAAGACGGCAGGGCUGAUGGACUCGGUGCUGGCAACGGGCCCCGGGCUCCUGGAGGCGCUCCAGGGCCUGGUGGCGGCAGGCGACGCCGGGGGUCUCUCGGCAUCGCAGUCCCUCCUGCUCUCCGCACCCCUCCCCCCUCCGGCCUUCCUCUCCCUUAACCCCGCCCUGCUGGCCGCCGCGCUAGGCCCUGCUGACCCCCUCCCCACCCAACACUCCCCACCGGCUCACUCUCAGGGGACUGUCUCCAGCCCUUCGGCAGGCUCUACCUCUGUCCCCUGCGUCCCCAUGCUGCCCAGCGCUGUGCCUGAAGAAAUGAACUCUCUGGUGCCCCUGACCGAACAGGACAAGAGCAACGGCCAGAACCCUCCUCUCCUGCCCCCUCUGCUGCCCCCAGGGAUGAUGGGUGACCUGACCGCCCUGGGCAACAUCAGUAGCCUCCACAGUUUACUGGGUGCAGGACCUUUGCUGCUGCCCCAAGUGCCCGGACCUGCACUGGGCGUUCCUUUGUCCCAAGGCCAGGGUGCCCUCAACCCGCUAGCUUGCCUCAUCAACAGCCUACAGCUCAACAUGGGCCCCACCCUCACCGUAGACAAACAGCUGGGCCUGGCCGAAGCCACCAACGCGCCCCAGGAGGAGGACAUUCCGGUCAGCCAGCUGGCCCAGGAGCCCGUGCCCAACCCGGGCCACGUCCAGGGCGCCCAGCCCCCACCGCGGGAGAGCGCAGCCCCCGCCGCAGCGCUGUUCGACCCCUACGGCUCCUUCAUGGACACCAUCUACACCUCCUUCCUGCAGGUCAGCGGGAAGGACUCCGAGGCGUUGGGCGGAGGCGGGCCGUGCGGAGCCUCCUCGUCCUCCAACCCGCUGUCCUUCCCCGCGCCGGACCUCCCCGCCCUGCUGGCGCAGCCGAGCGCGCCGCCGUCGCUGAGCCCGCGCCGGGCCUGCUCCGUGCACAACCCGGACCUGUCGCGCCUGGGCAUGGAGGCGGCGCAGUCGCCGGCCCGCGGCACGCCCAAGCUCAGCGAGGACGCCUCGUCCACGCCGCCGCCCGGCAAGCCGGCGGGGGGCUCGGAGAGACACGACGAGGCGCCACAGCAGCCGCCGCUGCCCCCCGCCUUCCUCGAGGAGGCCAAGACCGACGGCUCGGCCUCGCUGUGCGUCUACAGCAACGGGCUGGCCGCGGGGACGGGGCUCCAGGGGGGGCAGGAGGAGGGCAACGGGGGCCGGACACAGCCGCAGGGCUACCUCAGCCCCCGGGCUAACGCAGAGGCCGCGGAGGACGGCGUGGUGUCCAAUGAAACAGACACGGGGAAGGAGCCUGCCGUACGAACAGGAGGCCGGAGAGGAAGGAAGAGGAAACAAGUACUUGAGAGGGUGGCAGAUGGGCCUGGGGGACUAGACAGCAUCAUAGAGGAACCACAAGUUACAAUAGCACUGCCCAAGCCUGCGAGAGCCACCAGGGGCAAGAGGAGAAGAGUCAGAUAGCCUCUCUCCUGACCUCACCUGGCCUGGUCUGGCGUGACGGCCCCCACCCUUGGGCAGUUAGUGGACUUCUCUACCCCAUCAACACCAGCACUGUCACCGCCUGAUGACCCCACCCAAGCCCUGAACCCCUGUAUGUGGCCGAGUCAUUGUGAAUCACUGCGCCUCACUGUGAAGACCCACAGAGACUUCUCAACAACUCCCGUUCCCCAAUGUGUGUGUUGUUCAGAUCCCCCACCUCCCCUCUGCUGUCUCUUACGGAGCCAGCUGUGUGCUGUUGGGACCACUUGGUGUUUCCAUGCCAACCCCAUGCUCCCAGAGAUGCUGGGCCAUCGCAUCCCUGGUUGUUUUGGAGGGGCAGAGAACGGAAGAGUUUAGCUGCGAUAAAUGGAUUAUCAUUCAUUUUCAUUCUGUGUGGGAUAUUUCUACAUAUAUAGGAAAAUUGUAUGUGUCUGUGUGUGUGUGCGUUUGUGUGUUCACAUUGGCAACUGUAUGUAUGUUUGUAUGUAUGUAUGUGUGUAUGUGUGAGUGUGUGUGCGUGUGUUGUGAUUUUUUUUUAAUUUUUAUUUUAGUUGUGUAUUACAUCAGGGUCAUAGAAAACUUGAAUGAAGUGAGAGUGCAGUAGGUCCAGGAGCAGUUGUUUUGCAUGUGGCGCUAGGUAAAUGUAUGUGUGUGUGUCCUGCUGUUGCUGAGACCAGAGUGUGACCCAGAGGCACCCUAGGCACGCUCGAGCUCUGCGCCCACGCUUCACCCGCCACACAGUGCUACAGUGCCCCACGUGGCCCACACAGUGCCACUGCACACACGCACGCGUCUCAUUACCAUCCAUCCUCCCAGCUGUGGGUGGCCUCGUCGCUGGAGAUGUGGAGACGCCUCAGGCCUGUUUUUUUUUUUUUUUCUCGCCCCUUUGUGACACUCAUCCUAUCCUGACACAAUUCUCAGUGGGACCCAUCAUCAAGCUUGGCACGAAUUUGCCAAACAAGAGAAACACAAAAUCCUACACGCUCACUCCAUGAGAAAAAGGGGGGCACCUACUCCUCUGGUCCGUUGAGACAAAUGUUUGAGACAAAUGUUUAUUUCUUUUUUCAUUCUCUUAACCAUGUGUCUGGGGUAUUUGGGGGGGGAGGGGGUUGGGGGGGUUGAGGAGGAAAGUUACCCAUGGCCAUGGGAUUGAUUAGGAUCCCGUCUGUGAAAUCAGGUUCUCCGAGGUGUCCUCUGCCGGUGUGAGCAUAGCAUAGCAUAGCAGCAGUCUGCCACUCACGGUCUCGCUCUCAACAGGAUCAACAGCAGCCCUGUUCUCAUACCCGGGAGUCUGAAUCCGGCUUCCCAUCCUUCAUCAACAUAGGCACAAGUUACUGACUAUUUAAAAUAAUGAUUUAAGUAAUAAUGAAGCAGAAUAUGCAAUUUUACUAUUGAAUUUUUGUAUAUAUGUACAGUUUUAGUAUUUUAUUUUGUACACUUUUUUAGGAAAAAAAUGAUCAAUUUGUAAAGUAUUUCUUCCUCAGACGAUGCCCCUUUUCCCUGCCGUUUUCAUAUUUACGUUCGAUUUGUAAAGAGAAUCCUUUUAAAAUUGUGAAUGGUAGCAUUUGUUUUUCAAUGGAAGUUGAUUUGUUUUGUUUUGUUUUUUUAUUUAACAGAUUAAAAACAUGUUUACCAAA